AUGUUGUUCUCUCACCACAGUGUUCUGGUUCCGUCCGUCAUCUCGCUGCUUCUGACAGGAAGCGUACUGGCGGAUGACGCAAGAACAAGAGCACGCGAUGCUCUCAAUACCCUCCAGGGCUGGUAUAACCCCCAAAGUGGCAUUUGGGAUACCUGUGGCUGGUGGGAUGGUGCGAGCUGCAUGAAUACAAUAGCAGAUUUAGCUGCCCUUGAUCCAUCAGUGAUGGAUACAGCGAGAUAUGUCUUCAAUAACACAUUCAACGUGGGGCCGGUGUCCAAUCCGCAUCCCGGGCCUGAGCAAAAGACCGUUUAUACUCGUGACAACCAGGCAUCGACUCCUGUCAAUGCCAGCUUGUGGCUUGAUCAAGCUUAUGACGAUGAUGCCUGGUGGGCCCUCGCAUGGAUUGGCGCAUACGAUGUCACCAAGGAGGGGACGUACUUAGAAUUAGCUGAGGGAAUUUUUGAGAGCUUGGUGAACGCGUGGGGCACGAACUGUGGUGGAGGUGGCCUUCCUUGGAAUCCGACGAGCAGAUACGUCAAUUCGAUUACGAACGAGCUGUUUCUUUCAGUCGCAGCACACCUCGCAAACCGAGUCCCCGAGAGAAAACAAUACUAUGUCAGCUGGGCUCAGAAGGAGUGGGACUGGUUCGCGGCCCAAGCCUUCAUAGGUGAAAAUGGUACCAUCAACGAUGGCCUUUUAGACAACUGCCAGAACAAUGGGGCUACUGUGUGGUCUUACAAUCAAGGAGUUGUCCUCGGUGGACUGGUCGAAUUGAACAAAGCGGCACCCAAUGACGCAUACCUGCCCGCGGCCAACAAGAUUGCAAAAGCAGCCAUUGCGACAUUGGCUGACUCGAACAAGGUUAUCCAUGAAUUCUGCGAGCCGCAAUGCCUUCCAGAUGGCACACAAUUCAAAGGCAUUUUCAUUCGCAAUCUACGAAUGCUGCACAAAGCAUCUCCGCAUGAUCUUUACCGGAAUGUGAUAAACAGCUGCGCGAACAGCAUCUGGAAUAAUGAUCGCAAUGAAAAGGGACAGUUCGGUGUCAACUGGGCUGGUCCUAUCAUGGCAGUGGUUGAUGCAUCGACGCAUAGCUCGGCCUUUGAUGCGCUGGUCGCAGCAGUUGCUGUAUCGGGUAGCUAA